AUGUCGAUCUCCGCUGCUGCCUUUUCCGCCCUGCGAGGCGCCGGCCGGCAGCAGCUCUCCGCUUCAAGCAUCGCCGCAAGGCAGGCGACCGGCUCCCACAUGUUCCAGAUCGACGGGCAACUCAGGAAGAUGGCGGCCAACGGCGCUAAGGUUAGAUCAGGCACGUUCCGCGUCGGCGGCCACGAGUGGCGUCUCGUAUGCUACCCAAACGGCAACGGGAAGGAGUACGAGGGGUACAUGUCCCUCUUCCUCGAGCAUGCCAGCCACGAGAGAACCGGCGAUGCCACAGCCAAGGCCCAACUGAGCAUACUCGACCAGGCCUGGAAGCCGAGCUACACUCGAGACAUAGCCAAGAGCCGCUUCUUCUCGGGUAACCUCAGCUGGGGCACGCGGGGCUUCCUGAAACACCAGGAUCUGGAUGCGCUAGCGAGGAAGCAUCUCAAUCUCAAGGACGACGGCCUGACCAUCCUGUGCGACGUCACGGUCACCGUCACCGAGCUGCGUACUGAAGACCACGUCGAGGCUGCCGCACCGGUGGCGCUUCCGUUCGGAUUGCCCGGGCAACUCGGGGAAGCUGUCUGGAACACGAAGGGGGUGGACGUGCACAUCGAGGUCGGCGGGGAGACGCUCCCCGCGCACCGGGGGAUACUCGAGGCCGGGUCACCCCGCCUUACUACUGCGCGUCGAGGACAUGGACGCGGAGGUUUUCAAGGCCCUGCUCCAGUUCAUCUACACGGACUCACCUCCCGUGAUCCUGUCGGCGUCGAUGGCGGAGAGGCUGCUCGUCGCGGCGGACAGGUACAAGCUGGAAGAGUUGAAGCUCGUCUGCGAGGACGCAUUGUGCUGGCACAUCGACAUGAGCUCCGUGGCUGUCAGUCUAGCGUUGGCGGAGAAGCAUGA